AUCCAGAGGCACUGCGAUCCGUCUUGCAAAACUGAGGUUUGACAGCUGUCUUCAUGAAUUUGAAUCAGGUUCAGAAAGUUUAGUAGAUGACUCAUUGGUCGAAUAGGAUUAUCUGAUCUUAGGUUACUUUAGAUUUGACUUUUUCGGAGUUUCACACGCUCCUUCAACCCCUAUAGCCGUUUGUUCACUCAGGAAAGUUGCGCGCAUCGCUUCGUCUUUCUUGUAUUUGUGGAGACAUCUGAGAUGAAAGCCGUCAGAAUGGUUCCAUCACUGCUGCUGGUGCUGUUUCUGCUGGUGCUGAUGCAGUCCGGCGCCCUCUGCGCGCGGAGGUUCCGGGGCGGCCGCAACCCGCAGCCGCGCCGCUCGCCGCCUCCUCCCACGCACCGGGCUGACCGUGGAGACACCACGGAGAGCUUUCCUCUGGACUUCACCGCAGUGGAGGAGAACAUGGAUAACUUCAUGACGCAGGUGAAGAACCUGGCGCAGUCCCUGUACCCGUGCUCAGCGCAGAAGCUUGACCACGACAUGAAGCUGAACUUUCUGGUGAACACGUCAGUCACCUGCAAUGACGGGAGUCCCGCCGGGUACUACCUGAAAGAGUCCCGAGGCAGCAGACGCUGGUUGAUAUUCCUUGAAGGCGGCUGGUACUGCUUCAACAAGGAGAACUGUGACAGCCGAUACGAGACCAUGAGACGAUUUAUGAGCUCUUCCAAGUGGCCCCAAACUAAAAGAGGCACGGGGAUCCUGUCUCCACUGCCGGAGGAAAACCCUCACUGGUGGAACGCAAACAUGGUGUUCAUUCCCUAUUGCUCCAGCGACGUGUGGAGCGGUGCCACGGCCAAGACAGAUCAGAGUGGAUAUGCCUUCCUGGGCUCCCUGAUUAUCCAGGAGGUUAUAAAGAGUCUUUUGAACAAAGGUCUGGACAAUGCGAGGGUCCUUCUGUUAGCAGGAAGCAGUGCUGGUGGCACUGGAGUUCUUCUGAAUGUGGAUCGCGUAGCUGAGCUCCUGAAAGGCAUGGGGUACGCUGGGAUACAGGUGCGAGGCCUGUCUGACUCUGGCUGGUUCCUGGACAACAAGCAGUACCACUGCACGGACUGUGUGGACACCAUCAGCUGCACACCCACUGAGACAAUCAAGAGAGGAAUCAAGUACUGGGGAAGUGUGGUCCCCGAGAGGUGCAGGCAAAGCCAUGAAGGAGAGGAGUGGAAUUGUUUCUUUGGAUACAGAGUCUUCCCAUCAAUUAAAAGCCCUGUGUUUGUGGUGCAGUGGCUGUUUGAUGAGGCCCAGUUGACAGUGGACAACAUCCAGUUAACAGGACAGCCUGUGCAGGAAGGCCAAUGGCGCUACAUCCAGAAUCUAGGCACUGAGCUGAGAAACACACUGAAAGAUGUCCCGGCUAUGUUUGCACCAGCAUGCCUAUCACAUGAAGUUAUUACCAGAAACUACUGGAUCGACGUGCAGGUCAAAGGGACCUCUCUGCCCCGAGCCCUGCACUGUUGGGACCGCAGCCUCCAUGACAGCAGGAACAACAAGGCGCCGCCCAAAGCCUGCCCUGUGCAUCUGAUUGACAACUGCCCCUGGCCUCACUGCAACCCCACCUGCCCGACUAUCCGGGACCAAUUCACAGGGCAGGAGAUGAACGUUGUGCAGUUCCUCAUGCACAUGGGCUUCGACGUGCAGAAGAUGGCCCAGCAGCAGGGCAUGGACCCGAGCAAACUACUAGGCAUGCUCAGCAGUGGCAGCUAAAAGGGACACACACUGCCCUAUUUUAGGCUAGAACUAAGCAGGACUGGACAAUUUCUCUGGUCUGUCUCCCUUAACUGACACCUCUUUACACCCUCCCCACUUUAAAUCCCAUUCUGUUGCUUUCUGACCUCCUGUCAUACCAGGUGCUUUGAUUUGAUCCUAAGGUCAGGUUUAACACACCAGGCUCCACCAUGACAAGGCACCACUUUUUGCUACCACAAAUGCAACAAUAAAUUGUUUUAUUUUUUAAAAGAAAAACAAAAAGAACAAAUAUCAUGAAUGUAAUCCAGUUUUAAAGAUGCUAACUGACACCUAUUUCUUCACUGCUGUCAUCCUUUUGUACAGAAUAGAUUUGGUCAUCACAAUAAUGGUACACAAAAAUGCUGUUUUAUAUUUUAGGUAGUCAGAGUUGAUAACUGAAAGAAUUCCUAUUACCUCUAGUGUAUUAGAGAUUUAUUUCUAUAGAUGUCUAGUCUCUAAUAGAAAAACACAUCAGGUCAUGUGUUUGGCAGGAGCAGGGUCAAAUGAUAAGAAAAGCACACAGUCAGGGAAUCUGUAAAACAAAAAAAGAAGCAAUAGUUGACUUUACUUAGUAUUAAAAUCACCCAAAUGAAAAUAAGUUGUCAGAUCGCAUUCACACUUCAUAUUGUGAUAAAUAAGGCAUGGGCCAGCUUGAGAUUUUUUACAACAUGAUAAGCUUGAGUAAAAACACUACAGUUUCAUUGUAAUACCUUUAAGAUUAAAAACUGCUUUCAUUUAAAACAGAAAGCAGCGAUUAUUCAAAAUGCUGCUAAAAGACCCAAACAUUGUCAUUAUUACAAUUUUAAUAAUUUUAUCUGUAACAUCUGUUUAUACAAGUUAUUUUAAUUUUAAUACACUGACUUCAGCAAAAAUACAGAAUAAGCACUCACUAAAUUUAGAUCUGAUUUCAAGCAAUCUUUAUCACAAAUAAAAUAACACCAUUGGCAUGGGAUAAGAGGUUGUGGUUGCUAAUCUAAGGGGUCUGUCAUAUAUAUUUUGAAAGGCAUUAAUGAAAGCAGGUAAAGCAGUUGUGUGUGAAAGGCCAGUUCUGGUGUUUCACUACAGUGGUUGUACAGAAUAUAAUAGAUUUUUACCAAUCUCUUUAUAGAGAAAUACAAACAUGAUAACCUAAAACAUCUGCUCAGGUAGUUAGCCUGCAGUCAGUUGCUUAACAGUUAUGCUGCUCUUGACUUGCAGGGUCAAGUUUUAAACCGUGAAACCUUAAAUUGAUGGGUGAUGCCUGUUUUCAUUUCCACAACAUGUUUAUGAUCUUUGCAAGCAGAAGCACUUCCCCAACACCAAAUCUGUCUUUUUUAUUUCCCAUACAGUCGGAGAAAACUUCAGUCACCAUCCCUGGCAUCUUAUUAAAAGAACCUUAAUUUGCAGGAACUGUGUGACGAAACAUUUUGGUGAUUUUGAAACGGUAACUUUAUAAAACCUCAAUAUACAUUGACACCUGUAACAGGUCCAUGCCUAUUUGGAAUCAAAUUUGCAACUUUUUGCUGUUUGCAAUUAAACAUUUAACAAUAGUAAUUCUAAAUAUAUUCUGAACUGGUGCUAAGGUGGACCUGGAAACACAUCACAAACAGCUACACAUGCAUGUUAUAGUGCCAUCACAUCCAUACUUCCUUCUUACGGACUGCGUCAUCAUCACAGGGGAGUUCAAACCUUAUUGGCCUCAGGUCACCUCCGUAUAGCUAAACAGUCCUCAAACUCAAUGCACGAUGAACAUUUAAAGGGAGACAAAUGUUGUGUAUUGUAUAUUUUAUGAGUAUUUGUAUAAAUUCUUUGGAAUUGUUCACCAUUGUAACACCCUUCUUAUAUUUCAUCAUAGAGAUCACGUUUUAAUAUAAUGACAAUGCUUGUAUGUAAUGAUGACUUUAUAAAUGAUUUUUGUAAAGGACCUCUAUUUUACAUCACACCAGAAAAAAGAGAAGUAUUACUACUUGUAAUUUUAUUCUGUAACAUAUUUUUUAACAAAAGACAUAACUCAAGCUACAAUGGUAAUUUUUACAUAUUUAUUUUGUUAUGUAAAUCAUAUUUAUAAGUGUUAUUUUCACAGAGAAGUGAUUCUUUGUAAAUUGUAAAUACAUUGCUGUUCUUUACUUUGUGCUGAUUGCAUGUCUUUGUAUCAAACUCUAAAAGAAAGACAUUACAUAUCUAUACGAUAAA